AAAUCGUAAGAGUUUCAACGGGCUAAAAUGGGCAAACCCGAUUUCCUGUCACCCAAGGCGAUAAGUAACCGGAUAAAAUCCAAAGGUCUCCAGAAAUUGAGAUGGUAUUGUCAAAUGUGUCAAAAACAAUGCCGAGAUGAGAAUGGCUUCAAGUGUCACUGCAUGUCCGAGUCCCACCAGAGGCAGUUGCUGCUCGCCUCCGAGUGCCCGCGCAAGUUUAUGGACUUUUUCUCCCAUGAGUUCAAAAGCGGCUUUUUGGAGCUGCUGCGGCGACGCUUUGGGACCAAACGCGUGCACAACAACAUCGUUUACAACGAGUACAUCAGCGAUCGCGAACACAUCCACAUGAACGCCACCCGCUGGGAGACGCUCACCGACUUCACCAAGUGGCUGGGACGCCAAGGUCUCUGCAAGGUGGACGAGACGCCGAAAGGCUGGUACAUCCAGUACAUCGACCGCGAUCCUGAGACCAUCCGCCGCCAGGAGGAGCUGGCAAAGAGGAAGAAGCACGAGCUGGACGACGAGGAGCGCAGCGCCAAGUUCAUCGAGGAGCAGGUCCGAAGAGGCCGCGGCAACAAGGACGAGGAAGAAGAUCCGGUUUACACCGAGCUGAAGCGAGAGAGCGAAGAGGAAAAAGUCGCUUUCAACUUGGGCGCCGGUACAUCGCUCGCUGGACCCUCCACAUCAAGCGCUCUGCUGGCCCCCAGCGCUCUGGCGAAGGCGUCGUCGGCAAAGAGGAAAGAGCCGGCCCCCGCUUCCAAUUCGCGCAACAAGAAGCAGAAGUCCGCCCUGGAACAGAUCAUUGAGAUGGAGGAGAGGAAGAAGCAGCAGCAGCAGCCGGUCAAGACCGACCAUUGGCUGCAGCCCAACAUCGUGGUCAAGGUGGUCACCAAGCGGCUUGGAGACAAGUACCACAAGAAGAAGGCCGUCGUCCUGGAGGUGCGAGAGAAAUUCACGGCGGUGGUUAAAAUGAUCGACUCCGGGGACAAACUCAAGCUGGACCAGAACCACGUGGAGACCGUGAUACCGGCUCCGGGAAAACGUGUGAUGAUCGUCAACGGAAGCUUCCGCGACACCGAGGCGGUGCUGGAGGGCAUCGACGAGAAGAAGUUCUGCGCGUCGCUCACGCUGGACGCCGGUCCACAGAAAGGAACGCGAGUGGACGUGGCCUAUGAGGACUUCUCCAAACUGGCUUGAAUAAACUUUUAUUCCUUUUGUGAAGAACUCGA